CUUCAUUCCAUGUUUCAGCUUGUCAAAUUUCUGUAUUACAAAACAUUAUGGAGGGAACAUUUCAUGUGAGAUUUCAACUAAAAGUAGACAUCGAUGAAUCAUGGACAAUUUGGCAUGCUGAGACCAUUAAGCAACCGGUCGCUUCAGGUUGUCUUUCAUUUACAAAUUAGGUGCACCCAACGGAGAUUCAAACUUGCGCCACCCAUGAUUCAUUGUUUUUUUCUUGUAAUUUUCUAGAGGCCGAAAAAGCUGCUAUUAAUUUGACACCACUUGACACCAUGGCUGCCAAAAACCUUCCCAAAGUUUUCUUCGAUAUCGCCAUCAAUGGCAAACCCAGCGGUCGUAUGACCUUCAAGCUCUUCUCGGACACUGUUCCCAAGACCGCCGAGAACUUCCGUGCUCUCUGCACUGGUGAAAAGGGUACCGGUGUCUCCGGAAAGCCCCUUCACUACAAGGGCAGCUCUUUCCAUCGCAUCAUUCCCGGUUUCAUGGCCCAGGGUGGCGACUUCACCCAUGGUAACGGUCGUGGUGGCGAAUCUAUCUAUGGUCGCACUUUCCCCGAUGAGAACUUCACUUUGAAGCACACUGGUCCUGGUAUUUUGUCCAUGGCCAAUGCUGGUCCUAACACCAAUGGUUCCCAGUUCUUCAUCACUUUCGACAAGACCCCUUGGUUGAACGGUGCUCACACCGUGUUUGGUGAAAUCACUGAAGGCAAGGAAGUCUUACAGGUCUUGGAAUCCCAUGGCUCUGGCAGUGGUAUGGUUGAUACUGACAUCAAGAUUGUUGAUUGCGGUGAGAUCAAGGAAUAGAUUACAAGGCAAAUUCCAUUAUAGAUGCCGUAUCCCAUUGAUGAUCUUUAUAUAAAAAAAGG